GAAGAAGAUUAACAUUGGCCUAUUGCGUUUAACUCGUAAAUAUAACCUGGAAUAGAGACCCCCAGAACCCAGAGCGUACCAUACCCAGAUUCAGGCUUGGAGUUGCAGGCGAAGCAAAUCUUCUCUUACUAUUUCUCGCUCUGCUCAAAGUUGGUCGCUAAUACUACUUGGCUUGCGUUUUGAUCUGAGAAGUUCCUGUUGUAUUUCUUUCGUGGGUCUUCACUCAUUUGUUGCCAAAAGGAAGCGUUGUUUUAGCAGAGGACACCUCGUUCUCUGCAAACUUUAGCACCAUUGCUGUUCAACGCUUGCAGAAGCUACCUUCCAGUAGCAGCAAGUAACACGUACUUGUGUGAAGGCCACGCAUUUAACUUCCUUGACAAUGAAUUUUCGUCUAGUCUCGAUUGAGCUUACAGAAUUAUAAUACUUGUUAUCUAAGUUUCAGUUCUCUAUUCUGGUAUUUUGUCCCUCGUGUGUUAACUAUGCCAGUGGUUUUGUGCAGGACUUGGUUUUUCUGAAAUAACUAGUUGGAGAUAAGGAUUGAUAGUAUAUAAUGCUUGAUCUGUUUCUGUCGGAGCCCAAUUGGAAAGAAGAUGAGUCUGCUGAGAUGAGAGUGUCUCUUUUGAACAAAUUGGAAUCUGUUAUUUGGUCGUUGAUGGCUUCCGGAGGCCGAUCAGAGGCUAGACUAUGGCUUUGCAACACUAUAGCUGGCAUAAGUUCUAUCACUCAUCAUCAUCAACGUGAGUUAUUUAUCGACUUAUUGAGAUCUAAGCCGCUGAAGAAGCGCUUAGCAACUCAGCUCCUGCACAUGAUAUUUGAUAAUAGGCCCCAAAAGGCAGGGUCUGUCAUAUCCAAGAGAAGUUAUGCACUUAGGAAAUUUUUUCAAGGAAACCCAACACGAAUAUCUCAGUGGUUUUCCAAAACUGGUUCUGGAUUGAGGCAGGGACAAGGUGCUAAUGCGUUAUCCCAAUUUGCUUUUGUUAAUCGAGAUAAUUGUUGGGAGGAGCUUGAGUGGAAGGGAAAACAUGGGCAGUCACCGGCGGUAGUUGCUACAAAACCCCAUUACUUUCUUGAUUUGGACGUCCAGCAAACCGUAGAGAAUUUCCUUGAAAAUGUGCCUGAAUUUUGGUCAUCCAAUGAGUUUUCUGAGUCACUUAAAGGUGGAGAAAUUUUGAUCAUUGAUAGAAACUUUUUUGUUCUAUAUUUUCUGGAUUUGAUGUACAAAGAAGAUGCCAGAGAUGUAUGGGAAGUUACGAAUGAGUUCCUGGAGGAGGAGCACUUUUCUUCCCUGUGUAAACAUCUUCUUAUUACUCUUGAGGAGUCAGACUUAUGUGAUUUUCUUAAAAUGCUUCAUAAACAUGUCAAGCCUAAAGUAGAAUGCAAAGAUCCUAUGGACUCCUCUUAUUUGUUUGAAGUUGUAGUAUCCAGGUGCAGUGAUUGUGGGUGCUUUGAUCAGAUAUUACUGUUAAAUGCAGUUUUUAACUAUGGCCGCCAGCUUCUACGACUCUUACGAGAUGAAGGAGCGCCUGAGGAUCAAGCAAAACUACAAGAUAUUGUGUCCGAGAUUUGUGCAAUCCCCGGCAAUGAAAAUAGCAUGGCACCAAUAAUUAAAGGGGGCUCUAAACUGAAGACUAUAGAAGCAUUUAAAUUGAUGGGGCUUCAGUCAUGGGUCCUCUUUUUUAGUUUAUCAGAAAAAUGCCAGACUCCUCAGUCUUGGGAAUCAUUAUUUGUUGAUAAUGAAAUAAGUUUUCGAAAGUAUGAUAAAUAUUCAUUUCUUCAUGAUAAUGAAGUUGCUGGAGAAGGUGGUUCUGAUUUGGAUUAUAGAGGGUCCAAAAAAGUUAAGCGAAGGAAAAAGACUAGUAGUAGAAGGAAAAGAAGAAGGGACUUUGAUCAUGAUGACAAUGAGUUGCUGGAUUCCGAUACUACAAAUAAUAGGCUGGAUUUGCAUUCUAGUGUGGGAAGUUGGUUGCUCUCACUUGAUGGGUAUUCUGCAUCAUGGAACAGUGCGGAUUUACCCGAAUAUCUUUCCAAGUAUUGCUUGUCUACAUGGAUGAAGUGGGCCUUAGCACAGUGGGAUCAAUGAGCUUCAUUGGUUGGGUCCAUCUUCUUCUCCAAUGCCUGGGAAGCUGUGAAUAUAAGCAGUUUGGAUCAGGCGUUUGCAAUUGGAAGUUCUGCAAAAUUCCUCAUUUGGAGCAUAUGUGGCUCGGACUAGGCUUUAACUGUUUGUUCCUAACAGGAAUGCUACAAAGACAAUGAUCUUAUGAAAGCUCUCAAAUUUUCGUUUGUCUUCACCUUGAGCCUUUGACAAAUCCUUUUUGAUCAAGAUAUCACCACUGGUUAGCUCUCACAGACAUUAGAUCUAUAUCCAUACAUCUCUAUCGUAAUCUGUAAUAGGGUUUCAGACCUCUGCCAUUAAUUGAAAUAUAUUGAGGAUACUGAUUUGAGCAAUGGUGAUCACUUGUUUUAGUUA